ACCAUUCGCAUUUUAUUGCUGAUCUGGAACGCUAGUGCAGCUUUUAAUUCAAAACAUAGUAAGAAUUGUUCGAUGCAUUUCACGAUCACAUAGUGUACAUUAUUGUGUGAGAAAUAAAGAGAAGAUCAUUUUGUUACCAAGAAAGUAACCUCCAAAUGAUAUUAAAGAAGAGAUACACUCACACACUGGAAUAUAGGCAUUUAACGUCUAACUAAUACAAGAAAAGGGUUUUAACUAAGUUAAUAUAACAGGGGAAUAUACAUACAACACAUGCAUAUAGCAGAUACAUUUAUAACUGCUUAAUUAUGGCCUAAAUAGAGAAAAUGUCUUUAGGUGUGUGUGUGACGUGUAUUGGAAAUUGUGGAGACAGACAACUGGUCUGGUCCCUGGCACGGGGGUCACCCCCCCUUCUGUGGAAUGUGUUUGAAGCUUGAUAAAGACACCUAGUCGAUCUGUUUAGCAUCCUUUUGAUAGUGAUAAAGACCAUCUGCAAUUUAGUACCCAUAUAAAUGUAAACGCUGAGGCCAGGUCAGUAAUUUAUACGCAAAUGUCAAAAGGCUAAAAGGGUUUUUUAAAACAAAGUGUAAUCAGCCAUCACUAAUCCUACACAGAUGUUACAAGUCACAAGGCAAAACUGAUUUAGUAAGUCUGUGGUAGUCAGUGGUUGUUCACACUUAAGGUCUUUGCACACUGAGUCCAAUAUUUUCAUGUGUUUUUUCAUAUUUGUCAUCUUAAAAAUUUGUCACGCACAGAAACCUUACACACUGAGUCUGAUGUGUAUUAAUUAAUCCGUUGCAGAAAUAAUUUGCAAAACAAUACAAAAUGGAGUGUCCAAGCAAUGAGCAAUGUCCUCUCUCUUCUGAAAAAGAGGAAAUAUUGGGUCCAUCUAAUGCUGAGAUUGCGUAGAGACGAAGGAGAGUUCCACCUCAUCAAAGAGCUGCAGGAUUAUCCCGAGCGAUUCAAAGUUUACUACAGGAUUUUGAUGCUUUGGUAACAAUACUAGAGCCACAUAUUUAAAAGAAGACUACCAAUUUCCAGAGACUGGCAGUAUGUCUAAGGCAUUGGUCUCAAACUCAAUUCCUGGAAGGCCACAGCUCUGCACAGUUUCGCUCCAACCCCAAUCAAACACACCUGAUCCAGCUAAUCAAGGUCUUCAGGAUUACUAGAAACCUCCAAGCAGGUGUGAUUUGGAGCUAAACUCUGCAGAGCUGUGGCCCUCCAGGAAUUGAGUUUGAGAUUACUGGUCUAAGGUAUGCCCCAAACUGUGGCAUGGGAAAGGCGCGUCCCAGGCAUUGAAAUCAGUAUACAAUUUUGGAUUUAGCUUCUAAGGUGGCUGAGUUUUCAAAUAUGCUUGCUACAGAUGUGAAAAACACAGAAAACCCUAUAUGAAUUUUUUUUUUAUGACAGAUGAAAGUUUCGGAGGCAGCGUGUAAACGUGAUUGACACAACAUGAGGUCAUAUUUAUUUUUUAAUGUGCAAAAAUUUUGGACUCAAUGUGCAGUGACCUUUAGGUUUUAAAAAUGAAAUACUAUGAUCAGUGAAAGCACAUGGUGAUUGGGUCAGUCUUUGAUCAAUGGACUGCUGAAGUCCUCACUCCUGCCUUCCACAAGUGAUAAGCUUGAGGGAUAAUAAAGCAAUUCCUGAGCAGAGGUUGUGCGGAAAAGAGUUUUUAUGCAAAAGGAUACCAUUUCUUGUGUUUUAUACAUAUAGCCUGCCAUCUUCAGUAUAUUCUAUAAUUUAGCUAUACAUUAAUAGUAAGGUAAGAAUAGAUUUUAUUUUAUUUUUUUUUUUAUUUUUUUUAUUGCUUAUUAAUCCAUGCACUGUUGAUAUAUGUUGUUGCAUAUGGGGAAAUAACAUUCAAACUCCAUCAGCAACAUUUGUGGCAUGAUAUCACCACAGAAAUAAAUGUCAACUCAUUCUUUAGUUAAAGCAGAAAACAUUAAACAUGCCCUAAUUCAGUAGUAUUCUCACAAAGCUUCAACAUUAUAUAUGUAAACUGAUUUUGUCUCCAUAAAUUUACAUUCAGUGUUUAUUUGUUUGACAUUCUUUCUUUCUUUCAUUCAGUCAGUUGGAAAACCUAGUAUUUUUUUGUAAGAUGCACAUGGAUAUCAGAAAGUGGUGUGUCAGUCUAUAUCAGAUUAUUUUUUGCUGUGUUCGACAUUGUGUCACAAACAUCAGAGUUGAACAUCUACUGAACCCGGAACAUCCCUUUAAAUACGAUUAACAAUUAACUUGAACUACUUUAUUAUCUGAAGCACUAUAAAUCAAGCACAAAUGACAGUAAAUCAGGACACUAUAAAAAGAGCAUGAGGGUCUGUGGGGAUGACAGAGCAAGAGCUGGACACAAAUAUCAGUGAAGAAUGAAGGGUUUGUUAUGUAUCCUGCUGCUGCUGGAAACCUUUGUGUUUGCUGUACAGCAGCAGGUAGAUGGAGGACUCGCUGAGAAUGAGAUCAGUCAACAGCUCAGAUCUGAGGACAGAAGACAGAAUCCAUCUCAGACAGACUCUCUGAGAGAUGAAGCUUCGACUGACAGCCAGUACUGCCAUCUGAGCUUCCCUGACAUCCACGCAGCACUGAGAGAGCUGACCGCCACCGUUACAGAGCAGAAAGCCAACAUCAGAGCUUUAGAGACGCGACUGAAGGAACAACAGACAUUCAUCCUGGAAGAGUUGAACAAGAAAACUGAUGAAAUUUCAAAUCUUACUCUGAGUCAAGUGGAGGAGCUGAGAAAGGAAAAUAGAGACAGAGAGAUAGCUUUUUCAGCUGGACUGAUUGAGUCUGGCAGUGAAGAUGUUGGUCCUUUCACCACUGAAAUCACUCUAACCUACAGGAAAGUCUUCACAAACAUAGGGAACGCCUACAACCCAAUUACAGGUAUUUUCACAGCCCCACUGAAAGGAGCGUACAUGUUCAGAAUCUCUAUAUAUGCUACAAUCAGUCAAUCAGUUUCAUCAACUGCAGUCAUUGUGAAGAAUGGAGAGCAUGUGGUUAUAGCACAUAAUUAUCAACCUGGACAUGAAGUAAGCUCCUCCAAUGGAGUUGUGUUGAUCCUGGAGGUUGGAGAUGUCGUCUAUGUGAGACUUUGGUCUGGCAGGAGGAUACAUGAUAGCCAGAAUAGCCACAACACUUUCAGUGGUUACCUACUGUUUCCCUUAAGAUAAUAAAAGCUUUGUAGAAUACAAUUCCAAUAAUUCUGAAGCUUUAGCAUAAGAUUUACGAUGAAAAUCAAGAAUCGUUAACAUAUAAAUCUGUAUUAAUGAGGGCUUGUGUAUUCUAAAUGUUCAGUAGAUUACUGUCAGUAAGUCAGUAUACACUAUACUCUUAAGUUCUAUGAUGUCUUUUCAUGUAACUUCAUAUAAAGAGAUUCAGCAAUGAGACAGAACCCAUAAAUAUCACGUGACUCAAAAGUGAUUUGUUAAUGUAGUAAAUCUAGAAUGAUAAAGAAUACCUUUUUAUGUAUUGCUUGUUACUGAUUCUUGAUCUGUAUCUCUUCAUCCUACAUAAAUAAAUAAUGUAGAGACAUUGUUUCCUCAUAUUUCCAUGAAUAUUUUCCCAGUAGUACGGUAACUGCUGGGAUGUCACUCAAGGGGGAGUCAGGUGUGCGCGUGGUGGGCACAGACCCCGGUUUAUAUCUGCCCCGCUGCCCGGUUUUGCGGGCUUGGCAUGCGACUAAGAAUUUAAGUAUCGAGAGAAAAGUUGAUUUAUUUUCUUUUUUCUUAAAAAAAAAAAAAAAGUACAAUUAUAUAAUGACACACUGCGUUAACUUAGUAUUAAACAUAAAAAAGAAAGAAAAAAGGAAAAACAUAGGGUGUUCAAAUUAGUGUGGUGUUUGUGUUUUCCUACUAUAUUCAAAGAAAUGGUGUUACCAAAAUUACAUUUAAUUUUUUUUUUUUUUUUUAACUUCUUUCUUUUCCUCCCAGUUUGAGAGUCCCUCUUUGUUAAAUAUAAUUGAGCAACCCCAUAAGUGGCAAUGGAUGAAGAAGAGCCAGUCACGCUGCGAUCUGCUGUAAAGCAAGAAGAAGAAGAAGCCAGUCGCUGAACUGUGUAUGGUACGUUGAUGGUUGAGAGGUAAGCACAGUAUGAUAGGUGGAAAUGUAUGGUUUUAUGAUAGUAUGUUUGUCAUUGGUGGGAUUGUUGUAACAUAUU